GCGAUGUGUACGCUGUUUUCAUUUCUGCUCCCUGACUCUGCGCUAACCGCUACUGAGCUAGCAAGCAGCACUCGGAUGUCUGCUCGCUCCUGUUUCAUUAUAACGUGUUUAUUUUCUAACGUUAAAUCUCUUCCGUCGUUUGGAGUUGAGCCGUUGAACCGUGUGUGUGACGUCAUCUCGGUGGUCUGCCGGUGGAGACGGACUCCUCUCCCCGGUGCUCACCGGCUUAUGAGCAGCUCAGCACGCGGACAGAUGCCCCAAAAACACAAAGCGGGGAGUUGUAAGGAGCUGAGAGGAGCAGAGGGUGGAGCUUCCUGUCCGGUGUCCCGGGACAAGCGAGGCGCCGUCACCAUUGCGGUGCGCGUCAAGCCCGCCUCCAAGCACAGCGGGGUCACAGAUGUUUCGGCAGAGGCGGUGGGCGUCGCCGUCUCGGCGCCUCCAACGGACGGAGAGGCCAACACCGAGCUGAUCCGCUUCCUGGCCGAAGUCCUGGACCUGAAGAAGAGCCACGUGUCUCUAAACAAGGGCUCCAGGUCCAGAGACAAAGUGAUCCACGUGGACUCCCCUCUGAGUCCAGAGGAGGUUCUGAGGAGGCUCAGAGAGGCUGCAGGCUGACGGGAGGAUGUGCUUAAUCUCCAAAAUAUUUAAAAUGCAAAAUAAACAGUUGAUCUCUUU